AUGGUUGGUUUGCCCCCAAAAAUGGACGUUAAGUCCUUAUGGGCUAUACCAUCUUUCGCCAACCCCAAAGCAACUGAAUUCCGUGAAGUAGACUUUUGCAGUUUCGAGGAAAGAAUAUCGGAAGACAAAGAAACAUUUCAUUCUGUUUCACCGUUUUUGGUUGAAAAAGCCAUUGAUAGUACACUUGGUGAAGUCGCUUCAAUUCGGAAACUCCGCUCUGGAGACUUGCUCGUUGAAGUUUCAUCUAAACAGCAAGCUAAUAAAAUCGUAAAACUGAAAGCUUUAGCCACAAUACCAAUCACUGUAAGUGCCCAUAACUCACUUAAUAACUCGAAAGGUGUAAUAACAUGUGGAGAGUUAUUCAAUUCAACAAUUGAAGAAAUUCCUAAAGAUUUUCAGCCUGAAGGAGUUAUACAUGUACGUCGUAUUUCAAUACGACGAGAUGGGCAGCUCCUCCCCACGAAACACCUUGUUCUUACAUUUAAAAACCCAUCUUUGCCGGAAUCGGUUAAAGUGGGUUACUUGAAAUUGGCGGUCCGACCUUUCAUUCCGAAUCCUUUGCGUUGUUUCCAGUGUCAACGUUUUGGGCACUCUAAAAUGGCCUGUCGCGGGACACUCACUUGCGCCCGUUGUGCAGAGAAGGGACAUGACAGCCAGCAGUGUAGCGCACAGGAAAAGUGUGUUAACUGCGAUGGCGCCCACACCUCCUUUUCACGAUCAUGUCCACGUUGGCAAAUGGAAAAAGAAAUAAUAACGCUCAAAACGAAAGAGCAAAUUUCGUACCCUGAAGCGAGACGGAAAAUUCUCGCUAGAACACCGUCACCUGGGAAAAGCUAUGCCUCAGUUGUUCAGAAUACAUUUUGCAAAAACUGUACAUGUACAAACUGUGCUAAAUUUACUUCCCAAGCAACUCACAGUGAAAAGUCAUGCGACUCCGACACCGAACCAUCAAUAAACAAUCCAACUGAAACACAUAUAUCCCAAAAGCCCAAAUUAAAAUCAAAAAUGCAGAAAUCACUCCAGCUAAAGCUUUCUAAACGUGGUCUAUCACCAAAACAACUGACAUCGACCCUUAAAAAAUCCCAUGUUAAGAGUUCUGUAGCUCUGGGACUGGCAAGAAAGGGCAUAGUUCAAAAGGACUUACCAAGCAUCUUUGGUGGCUUACCUAGAAGUCCCGAUCACAUAGCCCUACAUCCAUCUGAUGAGGAUGAUAAUGACUUUGCAAUGACUUGCGAAGCUACAUCAAAUUACCAGUAA